CUGCCCAAAGUUUGGCAGUUGAGCCACUUUUUUGGCAUUUUGUACUCUGAGCUAGAAGCAAAGGAGCUCUGCAACAAGAUGUUGUUUGCUGACCUACUGGCCAUCAUUGGAGGAAUGACUGUGACUUUCUACCUUCUGAAAAUCACUUGGAGAUGUUGGUGUGGAUUUAGAGAGUUUGUUUUAUCAUCAAAAUGGCAAGUGGACUUGAGAACAUACGGACAAUGGGCAGUUGUCACUGGUGCCACAUCUGGUAUUGGUAAAGCUUACGCCACUGAGCUGGCACGAAGAGGCCUGGAUAUUGUUUUAAUAAGCAGAUGUGAUAACAAGCUUCAAACUGUUGCCAGAGAAAUCGAGGGUGUGUAUGGAAGAAAGACUCAGACCAUCCCAGUGGACUUCACACAUGGCUACAGUAUCUACCCUGCCAUAGCCAAGGAACUACAAGGCCUGCAGAUUGGAAUUCUGGUUAACAAUGUGGGAAUGACCAGUACUGACUGUUUUGCCUAUUUCCUGGAAAUACCGGAUGCUGAACAGAAAAUCACUCAAGUGAUCAACUGUAACAUACUGUCAGUCCCUCAGAUGACCAGACUGGUUCUCCCAGACAUGGUUAACAGAGGAAAGGGGCUGAUCAUCAACAUCUCGUCUAUGACAGGUGUCCAUCCACAGCCUUUGUUGACGCUUUACUCUGCCUCCAAGACUUUCGUAACAUACUUCUCUCAGUGUCUCCAUGCAGAGUACAAGUCAAAGGGAAUUACUGUCCAGUGUGUGGCUCCCUUCCUGGUGUCCACCAACAUGACAAAAAAUGUGAAAGUGAACAGCUUCAUGAAGAGCGCUACAGCGUUUGCUCGUGAGGCUUUGAACACAGUGGGUCACUCCAGCUGCACCCCUGGCUGUCUAUCACACGCAGUCCAGAAUGCGCUUCUUACAAUGCUCUUGCCGGACUGUCUUCGGAUGUCGACAUUCCUCAUUAGGAAACUACGAAGCUCAUGCAAGAAAAACGAUUGGACCGGUGAAAACAGGGAGUAGUCAUGUGACUCCAUCUGCACUGAUAUUGAGGUUGUUUUUUUUCUGCAGGAGAAAAUUAUCACUCAAAUAUUACUGAAUUACUUCAACUCUAUGGUGAAUAAAACCCAUUCACGACUGUUUUAACUCUUAGACAACAAACUGGUUUCACCGUUUUACCUUAGGCAUGUUGACAUGGUCAAGAUGACCUGAUGACGUUCAGAAUAGGGAUGAAAGGUGAUCUGUGUGACUUUGUAUGUGGCUUGGUUUGCUUUCAAUCAAAGGGUUAUUUCAUACCCCUGAGAGAGUUUGAUUGCUCUUUCAUACAAAUAUGAAAAAGUAGUAAACUGAUUACAGCAGGGGUUGGCAACCCUAGGGUUAACUGAUGCCACGCCCAUAGCUGGACUGGCCGUCAGGCAUACCGGGCAUUUACUCGGUGGCCCGGUGACUUUUUUUUUUCUUUGUAACUG